CAGCCACUACAUCUACGGGACAGUGACGUGCGCCGAGAACACGUGGAGGUAGUAGGGGGCGGGGAGCGGCUCCGCUGAUAGGAUAAUCACAGCCCCGCCCCCUGUGACGACAUCACUCGGCGUGGAGUUGCUGACAAAAGUUGCACAUGUCGGCCCGGUAUAAGGAGUUGGAGUACUGGGACAACCGGUACCGGGAGCAAGAGCAGCUUCAGAUCGGCGGCCAUGAGUGGUUCGGGGAUUACCGUGACUUUGCACACCUGGUGGCAAGAGAGCUGCGACCGGAAACCGGAGGACUCGUGCUCGGAUGUGGUACAAGUUCACUGAGUGCUGAGCUGCACAAGGAAGGCGUGCGACCUCUUGUCAGUAUUGACUACUCCCCAGUAUGUAUCAAAGAGAUGGCACAGAGACAUGCCAAUGCACCAGACAUGAGCUGGAUGGUCAUGGACGCACGGCACCUUCAGUUUCCUGAUGAAACAUUUGACCUGGUUAUUGAAAAAGGAACACUGGAUGCUAUGAUGGUGGAUGAAAAAGAUCCAUGGAGAGUUUCCCAGGACACCAUUACACUAGUGGAUCAAGUUCUGAGUGAGGUUAGUCGGGUCCUCACCCCCCGUGGAUGCUUCAUGUCAAUCACCUUUUCCCCUCCACAUUUCCGUGCUCGUCACUAUGCACAACCUCAAUAUGGCUGGUCUGUGUCAUGUGAUACUUAUGGUAAAGACUUCCAUUAUUUCUUCUAUACUAUGCACAAAGGAGGACAACUGACAUCUUUAGAUCUUGCCCGUGGACAGAGUCUUUAUAAGCCACAUGAGGACCAGGAGCAAACACCAACUCUUCUAGAAUGCGAUGAUGAAGACUUUCUUAAUAAUAUCCAUAUAUGAAGGAAGAAGAAAGCUGGUCAAUGGGCAUGGACAGUGUGAUGUAAUGUAAAUAGGGGUAAUCUAUUUUAACCCCUUAACGACCCCACAGACGUAUAUUUACGUCCGUGGCCAGCUCCCGAUCUGUGAAGCGUGUUCAGAAGCUAAGCACGCUUCAUAUCAGCAGGGUCCUAGUUGCUAUCAUCAACCAGGUCCGGCGGCUAAUACCGGACAUCGCCGAUCUGGCUGAUGUCCGAUAUUAACCCUUUAGACGCUGCAAUCAAAGUUGAUUGCGGCAUCUAAAACUGGAGAAUACACUGUUGGUUAGCUCAGCGGAGCUGUUCAGGACCACCGCGGUGAAAUCACAGCGUCCGGAGCAGCUGAGAGGACAGCGGGAGGUGUCUUACUUUCUUACUGGCUGUCCGAUCGGCAUUUAAUUGAUUGCUCGAAGCCUGAAAUCCAGGCUUGAGCAAUCAAGCGCAGAAAACACUGAUCAAUGCAUUCCUAUGGCAAUGCAUUGAACAGUGCCUGCAAUCCAUAAAUGCAAUGUUACAGCCCCUAAAGGGGGCUAUAACACUACAUAAAAAAUAAAAAGUUAAUAAAUGUGAUUUAACACCAUCCCUAAUAAAAAUCAGAAUCACCCCCCUUUUCCCAUUAAGUGUUAAUAAAAACAAACAUAUAUAUGGUAUCACCGCUUGCGUAAAUGUCAGAAUCAUAAAAAUAUAUCAUUAAAUAAACCGCACGGUCAAUGGCGUACGCGCAAAAAAAAAAUCCAAAGUCAAAAAUGCCAUAUUUGGUCACUUUUUAUACAAUAAAAAUUUAUUAAAAAAAUUAUCAAAAGGUCCGAUCACAACAAAAAUGGUACCGAUUAAAACUUCAGAUCACACCACAAAAAAUGAGCCCUCAUACUGCCCCAUUCAUGGGGAAAAAUAAAAAAUUUAUAGGGGUCUGAAUAUGACAAUUUUAACCGUAUUAAUUUUCGUGCAUGUAGAUAUGAUUUUUUUUCAGAAGUAAUACAAAAUCAAACCUAUAUAAGUAGGAUAUCCUUUUAAUCGUAUGGACCUACAGAAUAAAGAUAAGGUGUCAUUGUUACCGAAAAAUGUACGGUGUAGAAACGGAAGCCCCCAAAAUUUACAAAAUGGCGUUUUUUCUUACAUUUUGUUGCACAAUUUUUUUUUUUUCCCCAUUUCGCCGUAGAUUUUUGGGUAAAAUGACUGAUGUCAUUACAAAGUAGAAUUGGUGGCGCAAAUAAAAAGCCAUCAUAUGGAUUUUUAGGUGCAAAAUUGAAAGGGUUAUGAUUUUUAAAAUGUGCAAAAACUAAACGCUUGGUCCUUAAGGGGUUAAGAAAAACAAAGCAAAAUACGUUUUUCUUACAGCCCUUUUUUUAAAAUUACACUAUAUAUGGUCUCAUUUUAUUUUUGCUACUUUGCAGGUACUACAAUCUGCUGCAAAUUUCUAUGCAGAAAAUAUGCAGAAAAUCUGUCUAGCGCGCAUUUACACCCAACAGUUAUCUUGUGUCAGAAAUGCCAUUUAUAAAUGGGGAAAGUUGAAAUAUUUAGUACAGGAGUGUUUUACUACUUGGUCUUGCAUUUAAUGUCAAUCUUCUGUUUAGCAUUGUCAUGAAAAUCCUAAUUUUAGAGGUUGUUCAGUAAAUGGUCAAGUGUCUAUUCCUCUAUUGCCUUACCUGGUAACAGACCAAAGUGAAAAUUCUGAUCAAGGAUUCAUUGUGAAUAAUUUGCACCAAAAAUUGUGGACACCGGACCAUCACAAUGAUAUGAGCUUGAUGGACUUCCUAGACCAAAACCAUGGUCAACAAUAUAGCUGUAAAAAGGGUCUUGACCUCAUAACAGCCUCCACCCUUCUGGGAAUCCUACUUUUUUUUUUCCUGUUUGCAUACUGUAUCCAAUGAAUCAAAAGGGCAUGUAUAAGAUUUGACAUUGAUGUUGGAUGAGAAGAUCUUGAUGACAGUCACCAUUCCAGUAAAAAAAAGAAU